GGCGGCGCCGCAGGUGGCGGGGAGGGCGCUGGCCGCGGAGUAGAGACCCCCGGUUCGACCGUCCCCUGGGCCGGCCCCACCGAGUCCUGUCUGGCCUCCUCGCCCGCCGGGCCGCUCCAGAGUCGCUGCGGACCGCGCCGGCAUGUCGGGGGAGGCGAGUGCGCCCGGGGUCUCCCCUCGGGCCCCGCGUCCCGGGACACAGAAGUCGUCCGGCGCGGUGACCAAGAAGGGGGAUCGCGCGGCCAAGGAGAAGCCGGUCACCGUCCUGCAGCCGGUGGGCGAGGAGGAGCCCAAGAACCCUGAGGAGUACCAGUGCACCGGGGUCCUCGAGACGGAUUUCGCGGAGCUCUGCACGCGCUCGGGCUACACCGACUUCCCCAAAGUUGUCCCCCGGCCUCGCCCGCACCCGGCCUUCGUCCCCUCGGCCUCGAUGUCGGAAAAGCCCGCCUUAGACGAUCAGCGCCUGUCGGGGUCUUGCAGCCUCAACAGUCUGGAGAGCAAGUACGUGUUCUUCCGGCCCACGGUGCAGGUGGAGCUGGAGCCCGAGGACAAGUCGGUGAAGGAGGUCUUCAUCCGCGGCUGGAAGGUCGAGGAGCGGAUCUUGGGAAUCUUCUCUACGUGUCUGCCUCCGCUCAGCCAGCUGCAGGCCAUCCACUUGUGGAAGGUGGGCCUGACCGAUAAGACCCUGACCACCUUCAUCGCUCUCCUGCCUCUCUGCGCAUCCACGCUCAGGAAGGUGUCUCUGGAGGGCAACCCACUGCCCGAGCAGUCCUAUCACAAGCUCAUGGCGCUGGACAGCAUCGUCUCCCAUUUGUCCCUGCGGAACAACGACAUCGAUGACCACGGCGCACAGCUGCUGGGCCAAGCUCUGUCCACACUGCACAGCUGCAACCGCUCCCUGGUCUCGCUCAACCUGGGCUUCAACCACAUCGGGGAUGCAGGCGCUGGCUACAUCGCCGAUGGCCUCAGGUUGAAUCGCGCCCUGCUCUGGCUGUCCCUGGCACACAACCGUAUCCAGGACCAGGGCGCCCUGAAGCUGGCCGAGGUCCUGCGCCCCUUCGAGCUGACACACACGGAGGUGGUGGAGCGCCGCCGCCUCCUGCUGGAAAAGGGGUCUCAGGAGCGCUCGAGAUCGCCUUCCUCCUCCCGACACGGGGACUCCAAAGGCGAGAAGAACCCCUUCACGGGCGUCAGCAAUGUUGCCCUGUCAGAGAAGCCAGACAAGACGCCCACCACGAAGACCCUGAAAGGCCUGGGCAAGAAAAAGGAUAAAUCAGGGGACGGGGCGAAGAGAGAGGAGAAGCCGGGGUCAGGGCAGUCACCCACACAGGGGACCCUCAAGAAAGAAGACACCAAGGCCUCCAAGGGGAAGGUCACCAUCCCGGAGCAGAAGCCCAACAAGGGGAAGGGGCCCAAGAUCGGAAACAAGGAGAAGCGCAGCUUCCUGCUGGAGUCCGAGCUGGUCUCGGAGCCUUCAGAGGUGGUUAACCCUCUCCUGGAGCCCGUGGAGCACCGAGAGGGGAAAGUGUUCAUGCCUGGGAACAAGGUCCUUCUGCACCUCAACCUCACCCGAAACCGCAUCACCGAGGUGGGGCUGGAGGGCUUCUUGGCCACCGUGCAGCACCAGGCCCAGUUCUCCAAGUCCAAGAGCGCAGCCAAGGGCCCUGUGGGGCUGCUGUGCUUGUCGCUGGCGAAAAAUUACUUCUCCCCACAAUGUCCCACGUACACCAUGAUCCAGGAGCUGAUGCUGCCCAGGGACCCCAUCAGCAAGGCCAAGGCCAGAGAGGAGGAGCCCUCGGCGUCCUCCACCUAGCCCCUCCCCCAUCUCCCU